UCAAAACACAUCAAACUACCACUCUUACUGACCUCCUCUUGACCAAGAAAGCUUUAGAUCCUAAAUAUUACUUGUCCCUAUUAAUUGCUCGUCAUGGCUUUACAAAAACGAAGCAGUUCGAGUUCCAGUCUGUUCAGUUUACCAACGAGUACAAGUUACAAGACAGGCGUCCAGAAAGGUAACUUCAUGACAAGUCAUUAUGAUUCGCCUGCAGCGAAUGAUUUGGAAAGCUCGUCAACAACAAGGUCUUCGCGAAUAACUAAAACAGUUAUGAACAGGCGUUUCAAUGUCUUUCAAAACACUUACAAAAUGUACCCAGACAAAACAGUGAAUGAGACCAAAGUACGACAAAUCAUCAAGCGAAAUCUCCAAGUUCUAGAAAAUGAAACCUACGAUCCGAAAUGCUGUCGAGACUUAUCUAAAUCUUUGUCUAAUGGGAUUUUACGAGAACUUAAAAUGCUUGGGAUAGCGCGAUAUAAGUUCGUUUGUACCGUGACCAUAGGACAACUGAGAGGUCAAACACUGCGAGUCGCCAGUCGAUGCAUUUGGGACCAUGAACUCGACAGCUUUGUGUCCGAAAGCUUGAAGAACAAAACCUUGUUUGCUGUGGCUACUGUUUAUGGAAUAUAUCAGGAAUGAUUCAAACUCCACUGGAUUCUCCGACCAUGACUUUUGAAGAGUGUUGAACGACGAUCAAUGUCGUACUAUGAGACGAACGAUAGUAAAACAUUUUGUCAUGGGUUACAGGUUAAACUCCAUAAGAAACGAUACUGUUCGUUUAAUUGAAACCAGAAAUCUAUCGUAGUUGUUACAGCUUUAUUUCCUUGGAAAGGUCCGUCAAAGAAAAUCCAACCCUGACAAAAGACAGAAACUGAUGCUGGGGUAAAGCUCACAAAAGUUUCAAUGGAGAGAAAAAAUCAUUGGGAAAAAUUGAACACCUUGUAAUUAGAUUAAAGGUCUGGAUGAUCUUA